AGCGCUAAUUCCACAAUGGCAGACAAACUAGCCGAACAGUCUCUUCUACUCAAAUUGCAUCACGCGCGCCGCACGCCCGAGACUGACCGACGCGACGCCUGGCGUCGAACAGACGGAGUGGGCCCUUUUGCUGUCAAGAUGGCGUCGAGCAGGGACAGGCGGCACACCGCUGAGACGGAAUCUCCUGUCGAUUACGUCCAGGUCGACGGCCUGGUGGUGCUCAAGAUCAUCAAGCACUGCAGCGAAGAGGCCGGAGGCCUCCUGGACGUCGCCCAGGGCGUACCUGGGCUCAUCAACUCCAACUUCGUCGAGAUCACCAACUGCUUCCCGAUCCCGCCUCGCCAUGCGGAGGAAGAAGAGGUGGACGAUAUGGAGUACCAGAUGGAGAUGAUGCGCCAGAUGCGGCACGUCAACGUCGACCACCUGCACGUCGGCUGGUACCAGAGCUCAAACUUCGGUAGCUACUCGAACCGGACCCUUUUGGAGUCCCAGUUCGGCUACCAGACCAACAUCACCGAGUCCGUGGUGCUCAUAUACGACCCGAUCCGUACCACCAAGGGAUUCCUUUCCUUGCGCGCGUUCCGCCUCAGUCAGCCGGCCAUGAAGCUGCUGGCCAGCAACGACUUCAGCGCCGAGCAGUUCAAGAAUGCUCGCUGCUCCUUCGAGAACAUGUUCGAGGAGAUUCCCGUGGUGAUACGCAACUCUCACCUCGUCAACAUACUACUAUGCGAACUGAGCGACACGACUCCCGUCGACGUGGGCAAGCAACUGCUGGACAUGAGCACGGCGUUUGUUUUCGAAAAGAACCUGCAGGCUAUGAUGAUGUGCGUGGACGCACUAAACCAGGAGACAAACAAGUUCAUCAACUACCAGCGCCAGGUGAUGCGCCAGCAGCAGCAAAAGCAACAAUACCUCCAGAAGCGAGCCCAGGAGAACAGCGCGCGCGCCCAGAAGGGCGAACCCCCGCUUCCCGACGAGGACAUCAACAAGCUGUUCAAGCCCAUCCCGACACCUUCGCGGCUCGAGUCGGUGCUGCACUGCGGCCAGGUCAACUCGUACUGCCAGCAGGUGUCCCAGUUCGCCACACAGAACCUGGGCAAGCUGUUCAUGUCCGAGGCGUUGCAGUUGGAGGGCAAGCCAGCGGGAAUGCUCCCGUAAGGCCGCACUAGCAAAAGGAAGGGGGCUCGCGCACCAGAAAGCGCGUUCCUCCGAAACCAGUCCUAGGGGUUUAUCGCGCUGAGAUUUCUUUUUUCAUGAGAAUCAUUCUCUCUCUUUAGUCGAAGUUGCCAGGUAAACGCAUGCCGUGUCAUAAUCAAAGGGCAUGCGGGAAACGUGGAAGACUUGACUUCAAUGGCUCGUGAUUGGCUGGGAACAUUUCCUCCCUCCCCGUUGAAUUGGGAAGGGUAAUUGUGAUUCUCUCAAACUCCUUUGCUUUUGUUAGCUGAAGGCAAGCGAAUGUUCGCUAUCUAAUUUCUAACCAAGCUAAUCUGAGCUCUAUAUUUCUCUUACCUCUGUGCUCUGUUCCUCUUUGAAAUGUGUGUGCAUGGUUCCCCCCCUCUAUGAAAUCCAUAAAUAUCUCCGACGCACUGCUGGCACCUCUUUCAUUUUCAUCUGCCACAGAAACUCUAUCGCUCUUCCUGCAAAACUGCGACCACAAAUUAACUUCUUUAUCUUAUUUAUUUUUUCUGCUAUUUUAUCUUUUGCAUGUGGUUUUGUUAUGCAUUUGCUUGAGAGCAACUACUGUUGCCCUUGUAUCACCUCGAUAAGAGCUUGAACAAAUUCUCUUGCUUCAGUUUACUAAUGACUCCUGAUCUUAACUACGCCUUAUCACUGUCGCUAAUUCGUAACUCUUGCCUGUAAAGCUCUCACUGCCUCGUAACUGUGUGCGUGUCUUUACCAAAUGCCAUGUGCAAAAUUUUUUAGACAACUGCGCGGAAGUUGUGAAAAGUUGUCCUGACGGCCAUUUUGUUGUCGCUUCCACGGCGCGUUGCAGCAGACGGUCAUGCCAGUAUUCGCACUUCGACGCUCCGCAAGAGACCUCUAGGAAUAAACUACCUUCUUUUUU